AUGCGAAAAAUCUGGCAACAGCACCCAUUAAUGUCUCAAAUUAAUAAAGAAUUUUCAAGUUUCACAAAUAACGACUUCGCCAGAUGCAUCAAUCCAUUGAUGACAAUACGAUACUUUCAUGAAGGUUCUAUGUUGUUAAAAAAAGAACAUGAAAUUGUCAAAUCAUCCAUGAGAAAGCAAUAA